CAAUAAAUAUAAGACUGGAGAUGUCUGAGGCUCAUUCUGCCCUCGAGCCCACCAGGAACGAAAGAGAAGCUCUAUCUCCCCUCCAGGAGCCCAGCUAUGAACUCCGUCUCCACAAGUAAGUGCAGGAAAUCCCUAGCCCUGGAACUGCCAGCAGCGGUCGAGCCCUGUGUGAGGGAGGGGUGUGUGGCCCAGGGAGGGCUGGCGGGCGGCCAGCAGCAGAGGCAGGCUCCCAGCUGUGCUGUCAGCUCACCCCUGCGCUCGCUCCCCUCCGGCACAGGCGCCUUCGGUCCAGUUGCCUUCUCCCUGGGGCUGCUCCUGGUGUUGCCUGCUGCCUUACCUGCCCCAGUACCACCAGGAGAAGAUUCCAAAGAUGUAGCCGCCCCACACAGACAGCCACUCACCUCUUCAGAACGAAUUGACAAACAAAUUCGGUACAUCCUCGACGGCAUCUCAGCCCUGAGAAAGGAGACUUGUAACAAGAGUAACAUGUGUGAAAGCAGCAAAGAGGCACUGGCAGAAAACAACCUGAACCUUCCAAAGAUGGCUGAAAAAGAUGGAUGCUUCCAAUCUGGAUUCAAUGAGGAGACUUGCCUGGUGAAAAUCAUCACUGGUCUUUUGGAGUUUGAGGUAUACCUAGAGUACCUCCAGAACAGGUUUGAGAGCAGUGAGGAACAAGCCAGAGCUGUGCAGAUGAGUACAAAAGUCCUGAUCCAGUUCCUGCAGAAAAAGGUGGGUGUGUCCUCAUUCCCUCAACUUGGUGUGGGGGAAGACAGGCUCAAAGACAGUGCCCUGGACAACUCAGGGAUGCAAUGCCACUUCCAAAAGAGAAGGCUACAUGUAAAAAAAAGAGUCUGAGAAAUAGUUUCUGAUUGUUAUUGUUAAAUCUUUUUUUGUUUGUUUGGUUGGUUGGCUCUCUUCUGCAAAGGACGUCAAUAACUGUAUUUUAAACUAUAUUAACUGAGGUGGAUUUUAACAUCAAUUUUUAACAGUGCAAGAGAUUUAAAAACAAAAGGGGGGGGGGGCAGAAAAAAGUACAUCCAACUCCAGCCAGUGAUCCACAGAAACAAAGACCAAGGAGCACAAAAUGAUUUUAAGAUUUUAGUCAUUGCCAAGUGACAUUCUUCUCAUUGUGGUUGUUUCAAUUCUUUUUCCUACCUUUUACCAGAGAGUUAGUUCAGAGAAAUGGUCAGAGACUCAAGGCUGGAAAGAGGUACCAAAGGCUUUGGCCACCAGUAGCUGGCUAUUCAAACAGCAGGGAGUAAAGACUUGCUGGCUAGCAUGUGGAGGAGCCAAAGUUCAAUAAGAAGGGGCCUAGAAUGAAACCCUUGGUGUUGAUCCUGCCUCUGCCAUUUCUACUUAAGCCAGGGUUUCUCAUAUGUUAACGUGCAUGGGAAUUCUCUGGGCAUCUUGUUGCGGUGUGGAGUCUGACUUAGCAAGACUUGGGUGGGUUUGAGGGUCAUAUUUCUACCAGGCUUAUAUCCCUGGUGAUGCUGCAGAAUUCCAGGACCACACUUGGAGGUUUAAGGCCUUCCACAAGUUACUUAUCCCAUAUGGUGGGUCUAUGGAAAGUGUUUCCCAGUCCUCUUUACACCACUGGAUCAGUGGUCUUUCAACAGACCCUAAAGGGAUGGUGAGAGGGAAACUGGAGAAAAGUAUUAGAUUUAGAGGCCACUGAAGAACCCAUAUUAAAAUGCCUUUAAGUAUGGGCUCUUCAUUCAUAUACUAAAUAUGAACUAUGUACCAGGCAUUAUUUCAUAUGACAGAAUACAAACAAAUAAGAUAGUGAUGCUGGUCAGGCUUGGUGGCUCAUGCCUGUAUUCCCUAAACUUUGGGAGCCUAAGGUGAGAACUCCUUGAACUCCUAAGGCUAGGAGUUCAAGACCAGCCUGGAUAACAUAGCGAGACCCCAUCUCUACAAAAAACCAAAACCAAACAAACAAAAAGAUAGUGGUGUUUCCCUCAGGAUGCUUGUGGUCUAAUGGGAGACAGAACAGCAAGGGGAUGAUUAGAAGGUGGUUGCUGUGAGCCAGGCACAGUGCUGAUAUAAUCCCAGCACUUUGGGAGGCUGAGGUGGGUGGAUCACUUGAGACCAGGAGUUUAAGACCAGCCUGGUCAACAUGGUAAAACCCCAUCUCUACUUAAAAAUACAAAAAAGUUAGCCAGGCAUGGUGGCGCACACCUGUAACCCAGCUACUCAGGAGGCUGAGGCAUAUGAAUCACUUGAACCCAGGAGGCAGAGGUUGCUGUGCACCACUGCACUCCAGCCUGGGUGACAGAGCGAGACCCUGACUCAAAAAAAAAAAAAGAAGUUUGUUGCUAUGGAAGGGUCCUACUCAGAGCAGGCACCCCAGUUAAUCUCAUUCACCCACAUUUCACAUUUGAACAUCAUCCCAUAGCCCAGAGCAUCCCUCCACUGCAAAGGAUUUAUUCAACAUUUAAACAAUCCUUUUUACUUUCAUUUUCCUUCAGGCAAAGAAUCUAGAUGCAAUAACUACCCCUGACCCAACCACGAAUGCCAGCCUGCUGACGAAGCUGCAGGCACAGAACCAGUGGCUGCAGGACAUGACAACUCAUCUCAUUCUGCGCAGCUUUAAGGAGUUCCUGCAGUCCAGCCUGAGGGCUCUUCGGCAAAUGUAGCAUGGGCACCUCAGAUUGUUGUUGUUAAUGGGCAUUCCUUCUUCUGGUCAGAAACCUGUCCACUGGGCACAGAACUUAUGUUGUUCUCUAUGGAGAACUAAAAGUAUGAGCGUUAGGACACUAUUUUAUUAUUUUUAAUUUAUUAAUAUUUAAAUAUGUGAAGCUGAGUUAAUUUAUGUAAGUGAUAUUUAUAUUUUAUGAAGUACCACUUGAAAUAUUUUAUGUAUUAGUUUUGAAAUAAUAAUGGAAAGUGGCUAUGCAGUUUGAAUAUCCUUUGUUUCAGAGCCAGAUCAUUUCUUGGAAAGUGUAGGCUUACCUCAAAUAAAUGGCUAACUUAUACAUAUUUUUAAAGAAAUAUUUAUAUUGUAUUUAUGUAAUGUAUAAAUGGUUUUUAUACCAAUAAAUCGCAUUGUAAAAAAUUCAGCAACUUUGUGUGUGUCAUGUGAAGCUUAAUAGCAACAAGUUUCUUGUCACUACCACCACCACCACCAAAAAAAAGCUGUAAUCAAUCACUAUAUGUAUAUAUAUAAGCACCUACUACAUGCCAGGCAUCAUUAAAUAUGUUGCA